ACCAUCAAGCAUGGAGUAAACUUGCAAGGUUAAAGGGAAGAAAAAAUAAAUAAAUAGUUACACAAUUUAUCCCCCAAUUUACUUGUAAUUCUUCAGAGUAAUAAACAAUUUUCAAAAUGGGUAAUGUUUUUGCAUCUAGUUUAGCCCAACCACCAUUGACGGCGGCUGUACCUUCACCUAAUAUAAGUGAGCAAACCACCGGCAUCGGCACACCAAAAGACCCCUCUCAAAAUGCUUCGGAUCAAAAUCCAGGAACAAUUGAAGAACUUCACAAAAAAUGCAAAGAAGUUUUUCCUACUGUUUUUGAGGGAUCAAAACUACUAGUGAACAAGGCCCUGAGCAAUCAUUUCCAGAUAAGCCAUACGCUAAGUAUGAGCUCUGCUGCUCCAUCAGGAUAUCGCUUUGGUGCUACUUAUGUCGGAACACACCAGACAGGUCCAAUGGAGGCAUUUCCAAUUCUUUUUGGGGAUAUAGAUCCUAGUGGCAAUAUGAAUGCUAAUAUUAUGCAUCAGUAUAAAAAUAUUAGAGGAAAAUUUGCUGUUCAGGUUCAGGAUAAUAAGUUUGCUGCCACUCAGUUGUCUGCCGAUUACAGAGGUUCAGACUUUACGAGCACGUUGACGUUUGGCAAUGUAGAUAUUUUAAACAGUUCAGGCGUCAUUGUUCUACAUUAUUUGCAAAAUGUGAUGCCUUCAUUAGCUCUCGGUGCUGAAAUGGCAUACCAAUAUGGACCUCAAGUUCCUGGUGGACAAAUCGCAUUGAUGUCUGUAGCUGGGCGUUACACAGGUCAAAAUUAUAUAGUCAGUGGAACAGCAGGUUUGACGUCUCUACAUGCAUGUUUUUAUCGUAAAGGCAAUGACAAUGUCCAGGUUGGAGUUGAAGUAGAAACUAACUUUCGAGUGGGUGAAAGUGUUUGUACAUUAGGCUAUCAGAUAGAUUUACCUAAAGCUAAUUUAGUAUUUAGAGGUCUAGUGGAUAGCAACUGGACUGUUGGAGCCGUUCUAGAAAAAAAACUCCAGCCUUUACCUUUUACACUGGCUCUCAGUGGAAUGAUAAACCAUACGAAAAAUCAAAGUCGCUUUGGCAUUGGUUUAAUGAUUGGUUGAAUCUAGUUUUAUAACUACUGUACAUUAAAUGAAAUUAGAACGUUAUUUAUAUUUGUUGUUUUAGUGUCAAAUAACUUUUUUAAAGAUUCAAGUCUGCUCAUUUGAGAAAGAUAUGACAUAGAUUUAAUUUAUUUUAUCUCCACAUUCCAAUUUUGGAAUUUAAUACAUUUUUGCUUAUUUUUAGAAAUGAUCAAAAUAAAAGAAUGUACUGUAUUAAAAAAAAAAGUUAAGUUUUAUCAUUCCAGGAUUUGAUUUGGGCUAUAAACAUUGCUUUGAAUACUGGCAUUUCCUUAUGUGAUUUUUCUUCUUAAUUUUCAAAAUUUUUCACCUAAGCAAGUAACAUAAUGUGUGCAGUUUAAUAAUUUAUAUUAAUGAAAAUAUAUUGUAUAUUACUGCAGAAAAAAAAUGAGGAUAUGAUAAAGUAAGGAAACUGUAUAUAUAUGACUUGUUAAUCAAAUUUCUGUGUAUCAUAAUCAUAAAAGAGUAAAUUUUAUUUAUUUUUUAGUAUGUAAUUCAUAAGUUAUUUGUUUUUGCAUUGGGCUACUAUGCAGAUGUUUUGUGCCUACCUAAAUCAUGCUUUGUUAAAGAUGUCUAGAACUGUUUUUAAAGCUGUUGUUUUAAUAGAAGUCAAUCAAUAUUUCAGAUUUUUAAUAAAACUUGUUUGUUUUGUA